UUGCCAUGGCUAAGCGCAGAAGCAAUGGCGUUGUAAACCUCAAGGUGGUGGUAGAGAUGCUACAGAAGAGUCUCUCCCUGACUAGGAGACUGCUGAGUUACGAUUCAGACGAAACAGAAGCAGAGAUCAGUGACGAGUCUGCACAAUAUUCAGUGCCAGAAGACGUCAAGGAAGGCCACUUCGCAGUGAUUGCAGUUGAUGAUGGUGAGCCCAAAAGGUUUGUUGUUGCGCUGAAUUAUCUGACGCAUCCAGCAUUUCUCAGGCUGUUAGAGCAGGCAGCGGAGGAGUUUGGUUUCGAUCAGGAGGGUGCACUCACCAUUCCUUGCAGACCAAGCGAGAUCGAGAGGAUACUGGCAGAACAGUGGGGGAGAGAGAGAUGUUAGUGCUUGUUUUGAUCGAAAAUCCUGAUGAGACAUGGUAAUAAAAAAAAAAAGGUUUCUAAUAGAGCAAAUGAAUGAUUUCAUAAAAGAUGUCUGUUACUCUGGUGCUCUCCAUGAUUUGUUUCUAACCUACCAGUGAGUUCUUCAAAGAGCCAGUGCUGUUUUGUUGUUUUUCUUCUCAUUUCAUUUGAGAGAGAGAGAGAUUAAA